CAAUGAAUUCCUGAGCCGGCGUUCCGAGCAUUCCCGCUGCGGCGUUCCGGGAAUCCCCAAAGCUCAGCCGUGAGCCUGGCAGAAAUCAUAAAGGAAAUUAACAUUGAGAUAUUCAAAUCACCGCCUUUAAAUAUUCAAAUUAACCCCGACCCAAACUGCCAUUUAAAUAUUCAUGUCAGUCCCAUCCAAUAUUCCAAUUCUUCCCAUUCAAUAUUCCAGUUAUUCCCAUUAAAUAUUCCAAUUCUUCCCAUUAAAUGUUCCAAUUAUUCCCAUUAAAUGUUCCAAUUAUUCCCAUUAAAUGUUCCAAUUCUUCCCGUUAAAUAUUCCAAUUAUUCCCAUUUUAAUGUUCCAAUUCUUCCCAUUCAAUAUUCCAAUUCUUCCCAUUAAAUAUUCCAAUUAUUCCCAUUCAAUAUUCCAGUUAUUCCCAUUUUAAUGUUCCAAUUCUUCCCAUUCAAUAUUCCAGUUAUUCCCAUUUUAAUGUUCCAAUUCUUCCCAUUCAAUAUUCCAGUUAUUCCCAUUUUAAUGUUCCAAUUAUUCCCAUUAAAUAUUCCAAUUAUUCCCAUUUCAAUAUUUGAAUUAUUCCCAUUAAAUAUUUGAAUUAUCCCCAUUUCAAUAUUUGAAUUAUUCCCAUUUCAAUAUUCCAAUUAUUCCCAUUUCAGUAUUCCAAUUAUUCGCAUUUAUAAAUUGAAGAAUUGUGAAGAAAAUUGUUCAGUGCGGGUUCAGAGUUUUGUCUGAUUGAUGAGGUUAAAAAGAAAAUAAAAACAAAGUUUGAAAGAAAAAAAAAUGUGAGAUAAAAAAUAGGAAUUGUGAGAUAAAAAAUGGGAAUUGUGAGAUAAAAAAAAAAAAAAUCCCAAAAAAAUCCCCAAUCCGCGUUCCAGGUGGGACAAAAAUCCCCAAAAAAAUCCCAAAAAAAUCCCAAAACAAUCCCAAAGAAAUCCCAAAGAAAUCGCAAAAAUAUCCCCAAAAAUACCAAAAAAAUCCCAAAGAAUCCCAAAGAAAUCUCAAAAAAAUCCCAAAGAAAUCCCAAAAAAAUCCCCAAACAAAUCCCCAAAAAUUCACAAAUAAAUCCCAAAGAAAUCAAAAAAAUCCCCAAGAAGUCUCAAAAAAAUCCCAAAGAAAUCCCAAAAAAUAUCCCCAAAAUAUCCCCAAAAAGAUCCCCAAAAAUAAAAAAAAAAUCCCCAAGAAAUCCCCAAAAAUAAAAAAAAAAUCCCCAAGAAAUCCCCAAAAAUCCCAAAAGAAUCCCAAAGAAAUCCCAAAGAAAUCCCCAAGAAAUCCCAAAAUAAAUCCCAAAGAAAUCCCAAAAAAUAUCCCCAAAAUAAAUCCCAAAAAAUCCCAAAAAAAUCCCCAAAAAGUCCCAAAACAAUCCCAAAAAUAUCCCCCAAAAAUCCCAAAGAAAUCCCAAAAUAAUCCCCCAGAAAUCCCAAAAUAAUCCCAAAAUAAUCCCCAAAAAAUUCCAGAAAAAUCCCAAAAAAAUCCCCAAAAAAUCUCAAAAAAUCCCCAAGAAAUCUCAAAAAAAUCCGCAAAAAAUCCCAAAAAGUCCCAAAAAAUCCCCAAGAAAUCUCAAAAAAAUCCCAAAAUAUCAAAAAAAAAAUCCCCAAGAAAUCCCAAAAAAAUAAUUUAAAAAAAAAGCCAAAAAUAUCCCCAAAAAAUCCCAAAAAAUUUCCCAAAAUAAAUCCCAAAAAAAUCCCAAAAAAUCCCAAAGAAAUCCCAAAAUAAUUCUCCAAUCUGUAUUCCAGGUGGGAGAAAAAUCCCAAAAAAAUCCCCAAAAAAUCCCAAAGAAAUCCCAAUAAAUCCGCAAAACAUCCCAUAUAAAUCCCAAAUAAAUCCCCAACAAAUCCCAAAAUAAAUCCCAUAUAAAUCCCCAGUAAAUCCCAAUAAAUCCCAAUAAAUCCCAAUAAAUCCCAAUCAAUCCCAAUCAAUCCCAAUCAAUCCCAAUAAAUCCCAAUCAAUCCAAAUCAAUCCAAAUCAAUCCCAAUCAAUCCCAAUCAAUCCCAAUCAAUCCAAAUCAAUCCAAAUCAAUCCCAAACCAUCCCAAAUCCAUCCCAAUCCAUCCAAAUCCAUCCCAAUCAAUCCAAAUAAAUCCCAGUCAAUCCCAAUCAAUCCCAAUCAAUCCCCAAUCAAUCGCAAUCAAUCGCAAUCAAUCGCAAUCAAUCCCCAAUCAAUCGCAAUCAAUCCCAAUCAAUCCAAAUCAAUCCCAAUCAAUCCCAAUCAAUCCCCAAUCAAUCCCAAUCCAUCCCAAUCAAUCCCAAUCAAUCCCAAUCCAUCGCAAUCAAUCCAAAUCAAUCCCAAUCAAUCCCAAUCAAUCCCCAAUCCAUCCCAAUCCAUCGCAAUCAAUCCCAAUCCAUCGCAAUCAAUCGCAAUCAAUCCCCAAUCCAUCCCAAUCCAAUCGCAAUCCAUCCCAAUCCAUCCCGUUGGCAGCGGGGCCGUGUCCGGGCCCGUCCCUGCUCCGGCCGUGGCGCUGCCGGGUUUCUCAUUUGCCCUGUCCCGAAUCACCACGAGCUUUUCCGAACGCGGUGCUCGGGGCCCGGAUAGCUCAGUCGGUAGAGCAUCAGACUUUUAAUCUGAGGGUCCAGGGUUCAAGUCCCUGUUCGGGCGAGCCGCUCUCCUUUAGUUUUCUUUUUUGUUUUCUUUCUUUUUUUGUUUUUUUUUUUUUCCCGUUUUUUCCCCUUUUUCCAGCCCAAACUCGGGGGUUCCUCCCCCCGCUCCCCCCGCUCCCCCCACACCGGGGGUCUCUUUUUCGUGGCGGAGGGAGUGGCGCAUGGCCCGGGGAGCGUAGCGCCGGCCGGUCCCAUGGUGUAAUGGUGAGCACUCUGGACUCUGAAUCCAGUGAUCCGAGUUCGAAUCUCGGUGGGACCUUAUGCUGCGCUUUAUUUUACUUAUUUUUUGUUUUUAAUGGGGUGGGUGGUUUCAGGGCACAUUCUCCGACGUGACGCUGCGUGACGUCAUCCCGCGUGGGGACACCCCGUGUGACACACCCCCCUCCUCCACGUGAGCGGUGGCGCUUUGAACCGAGCUGACCCCAAAAUUGCGAAAUCCCCUCCCCGGAGCAAAGGGCGGUGCCGCACACCUUGUCCCCGGCUGCUGCCCAAAAAACAUCCCCGGGGUGCCGGGGUUGGGAUGGGGCGGCAGCGAAUGGGACGCGAAGGUGGGGCCGUGCCCGCGCCGCUGGUUUUUGGGGAAGGAACGGGAGAUUUCUGAUCUUUCCACAUGCGCUGCUGGAAAAGUCCCCUUCGUGCGGCGGGGAAGGGGCGCAAAACCCCGGAGCUGAAGGGAGGAAGAUAAAAAAAUUCUCCACCCCCCCAAAAAAAAAAAAAAAAAAAACUGGACGGGAAGGGUUGGAGAGUUUGGAGAGCUGGGGUUUGCAUCAAAAUAAAAAUGAAGGCCAAGGGGGAUUUCCUGGUAUUGUACAAAGGGAUGUUCGAAAAUUUGGGGUCAUUUGGGGAAUUUGGGGUUCCACGGAGAUGGGAAAGGGGGCAGGAGCCCACCUGCCCACCAGGUGUGGCUGGAGCUGCUUUCGGUGCUGCUCGCGAAGCUGAGGGGGGGGUGGAAGGAGGGACAGACACACGGACACAGGGACAGGCAGACAGAAGGACAGACAGACAGAGCCUGGCUUGUGGAUGGAUGGCAACUGUCCAGUCCAGAAGGAUAUGUGUGUCCAGGCUGGAUGGCCGGACAGAUGGACAGAUGGACAGAUGGACAGAUGGACAGCCGGACAGAGGGACAGCUGGGGUGGAGGAGGCCAGAUGGACACACAGACAGGUGUGAUGGCAGAGGCCAGCCAGCCAGACGGACAGCCGGGGGUGGCAGAGACCACAGAACCACCCAGCCACGGGAGCUUGCUGCCUACAGAGCCACACCCGGGGGCGGGGAAGGGAAAACCAGAAAAGAAAAAAAAAAAAAAAAAAGAAAAAAAAGAAAGGGGAAAAGAAGGCAGGAAAGCAAACAAACACCGCAGCACCAAAGAGCAGUGAACUCCGGCCCCCGGCUGCGCCACAACCCUGGCACGGCCGGGCCAAAGGUCAGCCGGGCGGACCUUGGCCACCGGCACCGCGCUACCGCCGGUGCUCCGUGGCCAUGGCGGUGCCGGGGGUCCUCGUGGCCGCCGUGGCCGGGCUCCUGCUGGUCCUGCUGCUGCUCCCCACGGCCACGGCCCGGCUGUCGCCGUUCCUGUGGCAGGACCUGGCGUUCUGCACCACCAUGGUGCGGUCAUCGCUGCGGUGCCGCCGACGCCUGUCCCGCCGUCCUGCCAUCACCUUGCUCGACGUGUUCCGGCAGCACGCCCUGCACCGGCCCCGCCGGCCCCUGCUGCGUUUCCAGGAUGAGAUUUACACCUUCGAGGAUGUGGAACGGGCCAGCAACCGGGCAGCAUGGGCCCUGUCGCGGCUCCUGGGGCCGCAGAGCGGCCGCACGGUGGCCGUGUUCCUGCCCAACGAGCCGGCCUACGUGUGGACGUGGCUGGCGUUGGCCAAGCUGGGCUGCGCCAUGGCCUGCCUCAACUGCAACGUGCGGGGCCGGGCGCUGCGGCACGCGCUGCAGGCUGCCCAGGCCGCCCUGGUGUUGGCCAGCCCCGAGCUCCGGGAGGCUGUGGAGGAGGUGCUGCCCGACCUGGAGCACGACGGCAUCCGCGUUUUCUACCUGAGUUCGGAGUCACCCACACCAGGCGUUGAGGCGCUGCUCUCCGCUAUCGAGGCAGCCCCCGACGAGCCCCCGCCUGCCCGGUACCGCGCCGGUGUCACCGCCAACUCCAAGGCCAUGUACAUCUACACCUCCGGCACCACCGGGCUGCCCAAGGCCGCGGUGAUCACGGAGAUGAAGCUGAUGAUGGUGGCCAGCCUGGGCCGGAUCUGCGGCCUGCAGGCCAACGACGUCGUCUACACCACGCUGCCACUCUACCACUCAGCCGGGCUGCUGGUUGGGGUCGGGGGGUGCCUCGACGUCGGUGCCACCUGCGUCCUGCGCUCCAAGUUCUCCGCCUCCCAGUUCUGGUCCGACUGCCGGCGCUACAACGUCACCGUCAUCCAGUACGUGGGCGAGCUCAUGCGUUACCUGUGCAACACGCCCCAGCGUGCCGAUGACCACGAGCACGGCGUGCGCAUGGCCCUGGGCAACGGCAUGAGGGCCGAGGUGUGGAAGGAAUUCCUGCGGCGCUUCGGGCCCGUGGCCGUCUGUGAGUUCUACGGGGCCACGGAGGGCAACGCCGGCUUCAUCAACUACACCGGGAAGGUCGGGGCCGUGGGCAGGGCCAACAGGUUCCUCCAGCUCUUGGCUCCCUUCGAGCUGAUCCGCUACAACGUGGAGGAGGACGAGCCCGUGCGCGACGAGCGAGGGCUCUGCAUCCCCGUCCGAGCUGGUGAGACGGGGCUGCUGGUGGUCAAAAUCACCAAGAACACACCGUUCCACGGCUACGCCGGUGACUCACAGAAGACAGAAAAGAAAAUCCUCAGGGACGUCUUGGCCAAAGGCGAUGCCUUCUUCAACAGCGGCGACCUCCUCAUGAUGGACAGUGAGAGGUUCAUCUACUUCCAGGACCGCGUCGGCGACACUUUCCGCUGGAAAGGGGAGAAUGUGGCCACGACCGAGGUGGAGGCCACGCUGGCCUUGGUGAGCUUCAUCCAGGAGGUCAACGUCUAUGGCGUGGCCGUGCCGGGGUGCGAGGGCCGCUGUGGCAUGGCCGCCGUGCGCCUCAAGGCCGGGGCCUCCUUCGACGGUGACAAACUCUACGCCUUCACACGGGACACGCUGCCCUCCUACGCCGCCCCCCGCUUCAUCCGCAUCCAGGACGCCCUGGAGAUCACAGGCACCUUCAAGCAGUGCAAGAGCAACCUGGUCAAGGAGGGCUUUGAUCCCGGUGCCAUCCGGGACCCCCUGUUCUUCCGUGACGAUUCCCGCAGAUCCUAUGCGCCCCUCACUCCCGAAACCUUCGCCGCCAUCCAGGACAUGAAGCUCAAUCUCUAGCAGCUCUUCCGGGGCACUCAUGGCCCCGGGCUAAUUAGCAACGGCUAAUUUGG